AUGGAAGUUCCUGUAGGAAUUGGUGAGCAUGUUGCUCUUGAGGAAAAUGAUGAUCAGUGGUUUCAGGGAAUGUCUUGGAGCUCACGAGUCGAGGGGUUCUUGCUGUUUACAGUACUAGGGUUUUUUUCUAGUGCAAUGGGUUGGGUCGCUUUAGGUAUGGGAUACUACUGGAAAUAUUCUGUUUUAUCAACAAUGGGAGCUGUCAUGUCGUUAGUGGGUACAUUCAUCAUAAUGGGGCCUACUGCCCAGCUUCAUUACAUGUUUGAUGACUACCGACGCACAUCUUCACUUCUCUACAUUGGAUCAUUGUUCUUGAGUCUGAUAAUUGCUGUGGUGUUCAAAUCAGCACUUUUGUGUGGAUUAUGUGGUUUAUUCCAGUAUGGCUGCUUGGUAUGGUAUUCUCUUUCAUAUGUUCCCUAUGGGCAAGAAGCUGUCGGAAGUUUUCUAGGUCGUCUUGUCUUUCGGUAA